AUGUUAGUUUUGUACAUUCUCUAUCAAUCUAGGCAAGCAGAAAAACUUUCAACAACUAAAGUACUUCAGAAGUAUAGAAACGUGACAUCCCUCAUGUUAACAAAAGCUCAACAAAGGACUCUGUUAUUGUUGGUGUAUAAUGAAUUCUUCGGCAACAAGAAGUGGAUUAAUGUUGAUGAUGAUUGUUCUGUGCCAAGAACAAGGAAAACUCCUUGCAGAAAAGACAAGUUUGAGGUCACCUACGAUAAAGGACGAUUUUAUGACAGCGACUUCGUCUUGAUUCACGCCGCUAGUAACUUGCCUAGCAUGGAGCACUUAAAUGAGAUCUGGAAGCAAAAACCCUUUGGGCAAUUGUGGAUUUAUUUUCUAAUGGAGAGUCCGAUAACUUCCCCCGAUACAUCGCGUUUUAAAGGCAUGUUCGACUUGACCUUUUCUUAUCGGACAGAUUCCGAGUUUUGGUUUCCUUAUGGAACUUACGAGGAAAUUCCAUUCAUCAUCAACCUCUCGCAACAUGAUUUUUCCAUCGGCAAGGACAAACUGGUUAUAUGGCCCGUAAGCAACUGUAGGCCACCGAUUAGAAAGUUGCUCGUUCAUGAAUUGCAGAAAUACAUCACAGUUGAUGUGUAUGGACGCUGCUCGGAACAGUUUGGUGAAGCGAGGGACUGCCCACGCCACACCGAAUCUUGCAGAAUUGUUACCAGGCAUUACAAGUUUUUACUAGCUUUUGAAAAUGCCCUGUGUGAAGAUUACAUCACUGAAAAGUAUUGGGAACACUUAGGUAUGCUGUUUUGGUGUGUAUUGAAUUAGAAUUUUUGUAAUUUCGGUACAGUGCAGCGGUUAUAUUGAUCGUGAAAAUCAAAUUCAGUCGACGUCAGCGGCAGAUUGGCUCUUGACGGAAAAGUGUUCUCCUGAACACUGCUCGUAUUUUUUACCUCUAAUCAUAGUUAGUCCCCUCUACUUACGUUCUAAUUCGCUUCGCUCAAACGAACGUAAAUUAUUUACCGCUUAAAUAACCGCAAACACCAGGCGAAAUCAGCUAUGGGUGGAUCGCGUGCGAACCCUAACAAGCGAGCAUUAAGCUCAAACUGCUUUUGGUUGCCUUUAAACUUCAUUUGAGUCACUUGCUUAUCCAGCUUAGAUUUCGACUCGAGCUGCUUAGUCUUUUUGUCUAGCUUAGACUCUAAGUAUGUUUUGAACAUUGAAAAGACUUCGUUGACCAUCGGCGAUUCAUCUUGGUCCAAAGACCUAGGAGUGCCCAUGUUUUCCUCGGCCGCGUCUCCGGGAGUAGGCAUAAUUGACGAGAUUUAAAAUGUCCGAAGCAGAAAAACAGCUCUAAAGUGCUAAGGUCGCGAGCGAGAGAGAGAGAACAAACUGAAAACAGCAACAACAAUAACAGUAACAGUGGAAAAUAUAUUAACUAUGCUCUAAUAUACCGACAAAUCUAUGCAUGGCUUUGUUAAAUUUCUCAUUGUGUUGCUUCGUUCUCCAUCGUUAUGCUUUUGUUCAGUAUUGUAAUGUGAACACAAUACAAUACAAUGCUAUCCAUAAAUUUGUCCGGAGUAUUGGACAUGCAUAGCGAUCGAUCUACUUAAGUUUUCGGCUUGAACAAAGAGACCAGCUCAACUUUUGAAAACAGUGAGAGUUAAGUUUAGUUAAUUUAGUUUAAUGAUAUUUAGAAAUUACAUACAUACAAAACAACAGCAAGCUGAUGGGAGAUGAAAACAAAGCAGAAGCCCCAAAAGACUUUCAACUGGCAUACAAUGGCAAAACUAUAUGAAAAAAAUACUAAAAUUGGACGCAAAAAAUGUAUAUUAAGGAAGAAAGGGUGUGCGCCGUAAGAAUGUUCUACAGAAUGGUGAACGAUAGGAACUUAGCCUGGUCUUAUAGUGAGCAACACCGUUUUCCACUGGUUUUAAUUAGUUUUUCGUAGUUGCUCAUCAAGCUACAUUUAUAACGGGUUUGCGUAGAAUGCGAGUCGAGUGGAGUUGCGAGUUGCGAAUGAGGCAGUUGCGAAUAAUGGAAAAUUGACGAGCUCAGUAAAGAAAUUCGAAGGGAUAUCUUUUUAUAUCUUGUGACUAAAGCGCUGUCACGUGCUUGGUCCGACUAGCUAAAAAUUUCAAAAACAGGAGCCUCCCUAGUCACAAGAUGUACCUUUUACGAAUCAACAAAUUUUCAAAGCGGAUUUAACUAUAUGACUCUAUAUUGACAGAAAAUACAGACCGCAGGUCUUCAACUUUCCAUUACUCGCAACUCGCAACUAGCAACUGCACAACUCGCAAAAUAACCAGUCCCAUUUAGAACUAGCCAAGUUUUUUCGGUCAAAAGUGCUAAAUUUUCGUUCAACGUUUUUAUUUUUCAUACGACAGGGGAUGAAGAUGUUGUACCAGUAGUCAUGGGAGGUGCGAAUUACACCAAACUUGCAAUUCCUGGUUCCUACAUCAACGUGCUGGAUUUCAAAACUGUGAAAGAUCUUGCAGAUUAUCUUCACUACCUCGACAGGAACAGCACCGCUUAUAAUGAGUACUUCAAAUGGCGGCAAAAGUAUCGCAAAAUCACGUUGCAGACGUUCUGCUCUUUCUGCGAAGUCUUGAGUUCCGAGAUUGAUUUAAGAGGUCACACAGAACUUACAGACUUCUGGGUGACACAAGGAAAAUGUGACCUGAAAGAUCAGUUAGUGCUGAACAUGUGGGCUCAUAGCAGCAAAUUUUCAGAAUAUUUUCUUUUUCUAAUGUCUCUUAUCUUUAUAAUAGCUAUGGUAAUGACAUUAAUGAUUUAUUUAACUCAAGUAUACCUGCUGUAA